UGAACAUUUCAUAGCCUAGAGAGGACGGUUUUCUCUGGUUAUGUAAGCCUUUUUAAUUUGGAUCUUAUCUAAGUAAAUCACUUCCCAGGGAUCCGACGGGAUGUAUGAGGGGCCCAUCAGCUCUGAGGAACAUUUUAAUGACCCUGUGGAAGAAGCGGCACUGCCCUCAGAAGAACCAAAGGACUCAGACUGUGAAGCUUCAGGCAACAAUUUAAGUAAUGCAUUUUCACUUAAAAACAGGCUAACAAGAGAGCCCCGCUCAAAUCUUGAGGGGCGAUUGUCAAGACAUGGGACUCGACCCGUUUCUCCUGCGGUUAGCGCCUCCUUGCGCAGAUCCAGAUUUCAGAAACAGCUGGAGGAAUCGGGCAGCAGCGCCUGCCGCAGACUGUCAGUGGACGCGUCCGAGAAGGGCUCCCUCACACCCGCUAUGCGAAAGAAGUAUUUGAAAGAGUUGUUUUUGAAUAAUAAAUCUGGAUUGUCAUACAUUUUAUCAUCCAAAGACGAGCCGUCAGAGUUGGAGGGAGCUCCGUACGGAGACACUUUGAACAGCAGUGCGCUCUGCGCUUUGGAUCCUAUGGAGCACGCCUGGAUGCUUUCAGUUGUGGAUGGAAAUUAUGACAUUAUGCUGGAAUUUCUCUCUGAAGACCCCAGUUUAUUGAGCAGAAAAGACUUUAUCAGUGGUUUUACGGCUCUCCACUGGUUGGCCAAAAAUGGAAAGGAUGAGACACUGAUUCAGCUUCUCAGUCAUGCAGAAAAAGAGGGGCUCUCAGUGAAUGUGAACUUGAGAGGCAGUGGAGGUCUGACACCUCUUCAUGUGGCUGCCAUGCAUAACCAGUACACGGUCGUGAAGGCUUUGGUUGGUGCAUUCAGUGCUGAUAUAGAUGUCAUGGACUACAGCGGGAAAAGAGCAUGGCAGUAUCUCAAAGACAACGCACCAAGAGAAAUGAAGGAUCUUCUGGGGGCUUGGGAUGAUGAACACUCUGUAGGGUACUUGAAUGUGAAUUACAGUGCGAGUCAAGCACAGCCAGCUGAGGAACAUGCUCAAGAGAGUAGGGUUGAGGUGGACAGUUCAGGAGUCACACGGCAGCGAUUCUCAUUUAAGAGGCUGUUAUACAAUAUUGGUCUGCUUGAAAAGAUCUGAGACUUUACCAAAAUUAUGUCUUCAGGUAAUUACUUGAAAUUUGCUCCUUCAUGAGUAAUAAAACUUGUAUAUUUAAUAAUGUGGGAAUUGCUUAACUUUAUAACAGGGCUGGG